AUGAAAUCGGCCGGCUGCCCGAAAAAAAAAAUCCUCGAUGAGGACGACGUGUGCCUCGAUGAGUGGGAGGGGCAGGAGGAGGAGGAGGAGGAGGAGGAGGAGGAGGAGGAGGAGGAGGAGGAGGAGGAGGAGGAGGAGGAGGAGGAGGAGGAGGAGGAGGAGGAGGAGGAGGAGGAGGAGGAGGAGGAGGAGGAGGAGGAGGAGGAGGAGGAGGAGGAGGAGGAAGAGGAGGAGGAGGAGGAGGAGGAGGAGGAGGAGAGGUAG